AUGCCUAAGGUUGUAAGUAGAUCUGCGGUUUCAAGUUCUCUCGGCGCGGCUGCAUCAGAAGGUCGUCCAUUGAGGGUUUACUACUGCCUGUGCGGGGAGUUCAUCCUGGUAUCCGACAAACGCCUCUCGCUGUUUCCUCAAAGGAAGACAGACGAUGCAUACGUGGUGCGGGCGAAGGGUGCAGACGCACCGAUCUUCAAGUUCAACGUGAACGACGGUGGGAGAGUGUUUGUCAAAAGACCUGGUGGACUUGAAUUACAGUACCGUUUCAAUUGCCCGCGAUGUGAACUCUUGGUCGCUUAUCAGACUCAGUCUGGCGCUAUUGGUCAAGCGGACUACGUAUACUGUGUCUAUGGAGGGUUGAGUGAGCUGCAAGGACAAUCAGAAGUGGCAUCCUUUGAAGGGGAGGAUGAGAAAGGUGGGAAGAUGAUGAAGGUCGGCAAUUGA